AUGCCAAGCUUUUUCAGACGUAUUAACCGUUUUUAUUCAUGUCGUUGGAGGACGUGUUACGCUUGUACUGUAGCUUUAAUUCUGCUACAGUCUUUAAGAGUUGAUAUAAGUAUGGCUUUUGUUUGCAUGUUGAAAACGCCCAAUCGGACAAAUAAUGAAAAUAAUUUUACACGAACUAACGAACAUUGUUCUUCUUUAAACAACCAUAAAAUAAUGCAACAUUUUGAAGGUGAGUUUGAAUGGAGCAACACGUUACAAUCAAAUAUCUUAGCAUGUUACUUUUAUGGGUAUAUUUCAACUAAUAUUUUAGCUGGAAUAUUGGUAAACAAAUAUGGUGGGAAAAAAGUUCUAGGAAGCUCACUUCUCUUCGCAUCAUUUCUGACCAUUCUCCACCCAAGUUUAUCUCGAAUAAGUGGUUACUUAACAAUUGUCCUAAGAAUAUUAACAGGUAUGGUCUCGGCACCGAUGUUCCCAGCAAUCCUAUCGCUAAUGGCACGUUGGGCCCCACCAUCUGAGAAAGACCUAUUGAUUGGUAUUACUUUUACAGGUCAAGUAUUGGGCAAUAUUGCAGGUUUUGUAAUAUUCGGUUACCUUUGUGAGUAUGGAUUUGAUAAUGGAUGGGGUUCUAUAUUUUAUACAAGUGGUGUAACGACGUUGAUUUUUAGUUUUGUGUGGUAUUAUGCUGUUUACGAUAAUCCAGAUCUCCAUCCUACAAUCAGCCAAGAAGAACAUGCUUAUUUAAACAGAACUAUAAUAUGUGAAAGACUACCUAAAAAUAUACCUUGGCGACGGAUGCUUUCUUCGCCUGCAAUUUGGGCUAUUGUUUUCGGUUUGUUUGGUUAUGAUUGGGGCUCCAUUUCCCUCCAGGUAUUGCUGCCUCUGUAUUUAAAAGAAGCCUUAAACGUUAAUGCAACAUCCAACGGUAUAAUUUCCUCAGCUCCUUCGGUUGCAGAAGUCAUUGUCCUACCAUUAUGGGGAAAAUUGGCCGAUAUUUUGCGUUCAAAGAAUUAUAUGUCAACUCACUCGGUGCGUGUUUUAUUCCAAACCGUUGCUCUAGUUGCUUGUGCAAGUCUACUGAUUACCAUGGGAUACCUCAGAUGUGACCAACUCAUUCAAAUAUAUAUUUUCUUGUUUCUUUGUGGUGCAUUCCUAGCAUUUAGCUGUAGUGGAGUUAUUGCCAACAGCAUUGACAUUGCUCCCAGUUAUGUCGGCGUAAUCUUUGGACUUACUAACACAAUUUGUGCAUCAUCAGGCAGCUUUUCUUCCUUGUUCGCAAAAGCUCUGACACCAAAUGGCACACAGAGCGAAUGGCAGAUCGUAUUUGCUUUGUAUGGCGCUGUUCUUGUCUUAGGUGCAAUAUUCUUUGCAGUGUUGGUAAGAACAGAAAUUCAAGACUGGGCAAGACCUGAGGGAUUCGAACCAGAGGAAGCAUGA